UCCGUGGUUAAUCGACGGGGUCUCUGGUGUUUGAAAUAGAUUGAACUAUGGAUGUUAUAAAAUCCCAUUGUCAUGAAACGCCUCGCCGCUAACGUCAGACUGAAUGAAAAAGAAGCGCUUUGCCUGUGGCUCAGACAGAGAGGAGGCGUGCGAGCUGUCAAGAGGGCUCCAGCAGCAACUGCAUCACUUGACAAUAGCGGUGAAGAGGCAAUAACUUCACACAAGUUGGCGCCGUGUAGUUUUAUCGCCCCAUCCCCUUUCCUCCAUAAUGGCUGAUCACCAUUUACAUUAUAACGACUCCGCUGGUGUUGGCAACAGAUUCGCCCGCAAAGGUGCUUUGAGGCAGAAAAACGUGCACGAAAUCAAAAACCACAAAUUCACCGCUAGGUUUUUCAAGCAGCCGACCUUCUGCAGCCACUGUACGGACUUCAUAUGGGGAUUCGGCAAACAAGGGUUCCAAUGCCAAGUGUGCUGUUUUGUAGUUCACAAACGCUGCCAUGAGUUUGUAACCUUCUCCUGUCCCGGAGCUGACAAAGGUCCCGACACAGACGAUCCCAGAAGCAAGCACAAGUUCAAGAUACAUUCCUACGGCUCUCCCACUUUUUGCGACCACUGUGGCUCACUGCUCUACGGCCUCAUUCAUCAGGGCAUGAAAUGUGACACCUGCGACAUGAAUGUGCACAAGCAAUGCGUGGUCAACGUGCCAAGCCUGUGCGGGACAGACCACACCGAGCGCCGGGGUCGCCUCUUCCUCAAGAUUGAGGUCAGCGGCGACAGGCUACAUGUCACAGUGGGCGAAGCGAGGAACCUGAUCCCUAUGGAUCCAAAUGGUUUAUCGGACCCUUACGUAAAACUCAAGCUCAUCCCCGACCCGAAGAACGAAACCAAACAGAAGACCAGGACAAUCCGUUCAUCCCUGAACCCGUGCUGGAACGAAUCCUUCACCUUUAAGCUGAAAGUGUCGGACAAGGACCGCCGUCUGUCCAUCGAGGUGUGGGACUGGGACCGGACCACGAGGAAUGACUUCAUGGGCUCCAUGUCGUUCGGAGUGUCCGAGCUGAUGAAAGCUCACACGUGUGGAUGGUACAAGUUGCUCAACCAAGAGGAGGGCGAGUACUACAAUGUCCCCAUCCCGGAGGUGGAUGACGUGGAUUUGGAGCUCCGACAAAAGUUUGAGAAAGCCAAGCUGGGCCACGGAAAGAAAGUCAUCACGCCUUCGGACCACCGGCGCUUCAGCCUCCCUUUGGGCAACGCCGAGCGUUUGCGUCUGAGCGACUUCAACUUCCUUGCCCUGCUGGGGAAAGGCAGCUUCGGCAAAGUGAUGCUGGCCGAGAUGAAGUCCACCGAGGAGCUGUACGCCAUUAAGAUCCUGAAGAAGGAUGUGGUCAUCCAGGACGAUGACGUGGAAUGCACCAUGGUGGAGAAGAGGGUGCUGGCGCAGAGGGACAAACCGCCGUUCCUCACGCAGCUCCACUCCUGCUUCCAGACCGUGGAUCGCCUCUACUUUGUGAUGGAGUACAUCAACGGGGGAGACCUCAUGUAUCAUAUCCAGCGUAUGGGCAAGUUCAAGGAGCCGCAGGCCGUUUUUUAUGCAGCUGAGAUCGCCGUUGGGCUAUUUUUCUUACACCGGAAAGGAAUUAUCUACAGGGACCUGAAACUGGACAACGUCAUGCUGGACUCGGAGGGCCACAUCAAAAUCGCCGACUUUGGCAUGUGCAAGGAGAACAUGUAUGAAGGCAUGUCCACGCGCACCUUCUGCGGCACGCCCGACUACAUCGCACCAGAGAUUAUAGCCUACCAGCCGUAUGGAAAGUCAGUGGACUGGUGGGCAUAUGGUGUUCUGCUGUAUGAGAUGCUGGCAGGACAGCCGCCAUUUGACGGCGAGGACGAGGAUGAGCUCUUCCAGUCCAUCAUGGAGCACAAUGUGUCCUACCCCAAGUCCAUGUCCAAAGAAGCCGUCUCCAUCUGCAAAGGCCUGAUGACCAAACACCCUUCGAAGCGCCUCGGCUGCGGGCCCGAGGGGGAGCGGGACCUCCGGGAGCAGGCCUUCUUCCGACGCAUUGACUGGGAACGACUGGCCAACAGGGAGAUACAACCACCGUUCAAGCCCAAAGUGUGCGGCAAGGGAGCAGAGAACUUUGACAAGUUCUUCACGCGCACGCAGCCCAUGCUGACCCCGCCGGACCAGAUGAUGAUCGCCAACAUCGACCAGAGCGAGUUUGCCGGAUUCUCCUACGUCAACCCGCAGUUCACCCACCCGUCGCUGCACAGCGUGGUAUGAGCCAACGCCACCUCGGACCGGCCGGCUCCCCCCACAAAAAAAAAACCCACAACCGUCUCACGUAAUCCUUUGUCCGCAAAGUUCAGACAUCUCGGUAUUACUUCUGUAUACUGUGCGCAGAUGGGACUGAGGAGCACACUUG